AUGUUUUUCAGCUACAACGCGACGGGCCACUGGCUGUCCACGCUGCGCCUGGAGCGCGACACGCCGUUGCCCAGCCGCCCGGCCGUCAUCCUGCUGGACGUGCGGCCGUCGGCCACGCGCUGCGGCAACGCGCGCACCGACGCGCUGCUCGUCACGCUGCAAGGUAUAAAAGGUGAAAAUGAUGACGAAGAAAUGUCUCAAUUUUUUGAAAUUCAAGAUGAAUUACAGGACGAUUCGGCGGCGGAGGCGGGGACGGGGGCGGUGGUGGCGGGUGGGCGGUGCAGCGCGACGGCAGCCCAGCUGACGGUGACGACCAGCCACAACGCGACGGGCCACUGGCUGGCCGCGCUGCGCCUGGAGCGGCGCACGCGCCUGCCCAGCCGCCCGGCCGUCGUGGUGCUGGACGUGCGGCCCUCCGCCACGCGCUGCGCCGGCGUGCGCCACGACACGCUGCUCGUCACGCUGCAAGGGGAGACGCUGGAAGCAGCCGGCUACGCUCGCUGGCAGCAGAACCAGCCCGACAGCCGUGGGAAGGAGAACUGUGGAUCUGUGUACGUGUCCACCAUGGGGCUAAAUGAUCUGCACUGUACGACGUUCAAGGCGCCGUUUGUUUGCGAACAAAUUGUGGGUUAAUAUACCAGAGGCCAACAAGACUUGAGAAAAUGAAUCAUUUUUUAUGAUUGUAUAUAAUUGAACGAUGCUUCGCACUGCAAGCGUGCGUGGAGUUAGUCUUCAUAUAUUUGAAAACAUGAUGGCAUAGUACAAAUUAGUUAGUUUCAUAUUAAGUGCACCUCCACCAAAUCAAUUUCGACCAUGAAAAAACACCCAUUUUGUUCACGAAAUAUGGACGACAAUUUUUCUUCGACCGCAUACAAAUUAUAAUAUUGAAAAAGUUUGUACUUUGAUAUUGAAAUAAUGUGUUUUAUAUCUCGGGGAAUAGCAAAAUACGGCCUCGAGUGCGGAAGCGUUAUUAAAGGAUACGUCAAUAUAUUUCGUUAUAUUUGCAUACGUGAUUUCCUUUUUUCCUGGUAACAAGACAGUUGUCUGGGCAACGUCUUUUUUUAAAAUUAAUAUAAAAAUAUGACAUGUUUCACUUGCGAAUAGAAAUAUGCAGACCCUACCUUUUUAAUACAGGUGUAGAAUAAAUACCCCAAAUUUUGAACGAUGCUGUGACAGUACAAAUUAAAUGUUUAUUCAAAACUGCCAUGCUGUAAUGCUUUAUCAAACGAGGUGAUGAAUUCAAUUGUACUUUUUGCCUCGACUUCGAAGUCUCCGUAAAAAACUCAACUUUGAUCGUGCAAAACACAAGCAUUUUAUACUCAUAGUAUUAAUAACUACUGUCAUUAAAAUAUGAUUACAGAACGUGUAGUACCAUCUAAAGGUUCCUUGAAGUUUCAUCUGACGGAACAUCGAAUCCUCACCCAACAAUGUUUCAGCACCCGCACUGGAAACCUGAUUUCCGAAGAUCUAUUAUACAAAUUGAAAACGUACCAAUCACACAAAGGAAAGUGAGACAGUUGUGAACAAUCUAAUUUUUAAGGCCUUAAAGAAAUAAAAUUAAAAAAAGAUCACAGAAGGAGAAAAUAAAAAAAGGAAACAUAUGAGAAACUUAAAUAGGCAUGAAUCUCAAUUUGAUGUAAGAUUAUUUUCACUCGUGGAAUAUAAUUUUGUACAAAUUCUUUCUUUUGGAAUACAAUUAUAUUAUUAUUAAUGGUUAUGAAAUAAAGUCCAAUAUCGACAUUUGUUGCGAUUUACAAAUAUA